AUGGGAUUCACACUACCUUCCACCGAUGGCCGUGUCGUCACCCUCCUCGGUGGCGGCGUCCUCGGCCGCCGUAUCGCAUGCGCCUGGGCCGCCUCGGGCUUCGACGUCAUCAUCCGCGACCCCAGCCAAGAGCAGCGCAACGCCGCCGUGCACUACUGCGAGACGAGCUUCGACCAAUACUCGGACGCGAAGAAGCGCGGCUCCGUCACAGCCGCCGAGGACCUCAAGGAGUCCGUCUCCCGCGCCUGGCUGGUCAUUGAGGCUGUCCCGGAGAAGCUGCCUCUGAAAAUUUCCACGUUUGCCGACCUCGAAAAGCUCACAGCCCGCGACACCAUUCUCUGCAGCAACUCAUCAUCCUACAAGAGCCGCGAAAUGAUUGACGGCCUGCAAGACGCCACGAAACAGCGUAUUCUCAACAUGCACUACUACAUGCCGCCUGGCAAUCGGGUUGUGGAGCUCAUGACGGAUGGCCACACUCACGAGGCCAUCUUUCCUUUUCUGGUCGAGAAGCUUAAGGCGGUAGGAAUGCACCCAUAUGUCGCUCGCAAGGAGUCCACAGGUCUCAUCUUCAACCGUCUAUGGGCUGCCAUCAAGCGAGAAGUCCUCACGAUCCUCGCAGAGGACGUUUCCACGCCCGAGGAGAUUGACAAGCUUUGGCUCGAGGUCUGGGGCGGCAACAAGGCCGGUCCCGUCGGCAUGAUGGACGCCGUCGGCCUCGACACCGUGUCCUUCAUCGAGCAGCACUACAUCAACGAGCGCGGCCUGCCCAGCACGCCCGUCGACUUUCUCCAAAAGUACAUUGACGACGGCCGUCUCGGCACAAAGUCUGCCAAGGGCGGCCUGCUCCCGCCCGGAAACGCCACCCUCAGCAGCGGCAGCGACGCCGGCAACUACGACAACCUCAACGCGCCUCUCCUCUACUUCCUCGAUAUUGGCCUGUCUGCCGACCCCCUCGAAGCCUUCAACGCCGGCCGCGUCCUCGUCGGCGCCGCGGACGAGCGUCCUCUCAAGCCUCUCGUCAGCAAGCAGCACACGCCCGACGGCAUCGACGUCGCGCUUUCUGCCGGCAAGCUCUUCUGGACGAGCAUGGGCAUCCCCAGCAAAAAUGACGGCUCCAUCUGGAGCUCCAACCUCGACGGCAGCGACGUCAAGGUUGUGAUCGCCCCCGGAUCGGUCCACACCCCGAAGCAGCUCGUCGUCGACCAGGUCAACUCCAAGCUGUACUUUUCCGACCGCGAAGGCCUGCGCGUCUUCCGCAGCAACUUUGACGGCUCCGCUCUCGAGACGCUCAUCGAGACCGGCGACUUCCGCAACGAGGAGCAUGUCGAGGACCAGACGCGCUGGUGCGUCGGCGUCGUCGUGUCGCCCGCCACCGGCAUGUUCUACUGGACGCAAAAGGGCACCUCCAAGGGCAACAGGGGCCGCAUCUUCCGCGCCGGCAUCGACUUCCCGGCUGGCCAGACGGCCAAGAACCGCACGGACGUCGAGCUGCUCCUCCAGAACCUGCCCGAGCCCAUCGAUCUCGACGUCGACGAGGAGGCCGGCCAUCUGUACUGGACGGACCGCGGCGAGCUGCCCCUCGGCAACAGUAUCAACCGCGUCAAGCUCGAGGGCAUCAAGCCCGUGCAGGACCCCAAGGCCACUAGCCUGCCGGGGAAGAACUACGAGCUGCUCGCGAGGAAUCUGCACGAGGCCAUCGGCAUCAAGCUGGACCUCAGAAACCGCCACCUCUACACGACGGAUCUGGGCGGCGCCGUGUACAGGUUUAACCUGGACGGCACGGGUCGGAAGAGGCUGUACCAGGACGCUGGUGCCUUUGCAGGAAUUGCAUUGGCUUAUGUUUAG